UCGAAAUUUCAAAAAAAGGAAAGCUGAAACUAAAAACAAAACAAAAAAGCGAUUAAACACGCCUAUUUGUUAUUCCAUUGGAUGAUUACGUAAAUACUUAAGACCACUUCUGUUAAUAAAGAAUCUGAAAUGAUUUCACUCUCUACCGCAAUAAGACAGCCCCCGAUUUCUAUCAAGAAUGGCGGAUGAUUCUCUGACGAAGUUUUAUAGUGGAAAAACAAUAUUUAUAACUGGUGCUGCUGGAUUUAUAGGAACGUACUUUCUGGAAAUUUUAUUAAGAUGCUUCCCAGACAUACUCCGCAUUUAUAUACUUUUGAGACCUAAAAAGAAUGUACAGCCACUUGAAAGAAAGGAAGAAAUAUUCAAUAAAAGAAUACUAAAAUCAAUAUCAAAAUACCAUCCAGAGUUAAAGGAAAAAGUUCAAGUAAUACCUGGAGAUACUUCCUUGCCAAACUUAGGAAUGAGUGAAGAGGAUUUGAGAAAAUUUUGUGAGGAGGUUACAAUUGUAUUCCAUGGAGCGGCUGGUAUAAGCUUCUCAAAAUCUUUUAGAGAUUCAUCCUUACAAAAUGCUAAAGGAACAGAUAAUGUAAUCGAGGUUUGCAGAAAACUUAAAAAAUUAGACGUUUUGGUUUACACAUCAACUGCUUACGCUAAUUCUCAUAUCACAACCAUACAAGAAAAAAUUUAUUUAUUGCCCCAUAAAGCUCAAAGGUUCUUAGACGAGAUGGAGAAUGGAACUGAUGAAUCAUUUGAAGAACUUGUGUCAUCCUCUAAUUUAAAUUUUAUAAACGCAUAUUGUUUUAGCAAAUUUCUCUCAGAAAAUAUUUUAUUGGAAAAGGCCUCUGAUUUACCUGUUGGAAUAGUUAGACCAUCAAUUGUUGUAAUGACAUGGAAAGGUCCGAUUCCUGGUAGUGUAGAGACUGGAACUGGCAUAACUGAUUUAUCUAUGGGGGUUGGAAAAGGGUUCGUUAAAGUUAUUCACGCUGACAGGGAUUGUAUAUUCGAUGUCAUACCAGUAGAUGUAGUAGUAAACGCACAUAUUAUCACUGCCUGGAGCGUGGCUACUGGCAGAAGUCCUUCGAUGUUUAUUGUCAACUGCACUAGCGGCGACACUCUGAAGCUUAAGUUCGGAAAGUACUUGGAUGUCAUGUUUAAAGUCACUAUGGAAAAUCCUCUUCCAAAAACGUUUCAAGAGGCAGAUGUAAGAACGGUGAAGAGCAAACUAAUGUAUACUAUACUUUCAACUUAUCAUCAUUAUAUACCAGCAGUAAUACUAGAUAUAUACUUGCGUUCCAAGGGAAGUAAACUCAGGUUGAUGAAGCUGUAUCGAUUUUUCGACCGCAUGAUGAAGGAAUUACAUCCAUUUUUGUCCACAUCCUUUACAUUUCAAACUGAUAAUUUUCAUGGUCUUUCUAAGCUGCUAAAUCCAGAGGAAAGAGAGAUAAUUUAUACAGACCUUACGUGUACAUUUGAUGAGUUAGCCGAAAAUGUACCAAAAGGAUCUGAAAUAUUUGACUGGGAAUUGGACAAUUUGACUACAAAUAGGAGGAGGGAAGUUGUUUUACAGCGCACCAUGCUGGUCACAUUUACCAAAAGAUUCACCCUUCUGUUAUUCAUCCUUCUCAUUUAUUUUCUCAUUUCCAAACUAUUUUUUUAAUUGUCAGUUUUUUGUGUUUGAAAAUAAAUUACUUUCAAUGU